AUAAAAGGAGAAACACAUUAGUAAAAGCCAAAAGGGAAUUUUCCCAUUUCUCAAUUUAUUUAGCAGAUUGAUCUAUCAUCUACCCAGAUUCUUCUGACCCACCUUAUGAUUUUCAGUCGUCUUCACUCCGGGUUUCACCUCCAGAAUUGAACUCCUCCAAAACUCACUUCAGAUUUCAAGGUAAUCCUCUGAGUUUCACUUUCCCUUCAAAGAUUAGAUAUUAUGCACGACACUUAUAUCAGCUCAACUAUUUAUGCUCUUAGAAGCAAAGGCUCUCUUUCAUUUUCCUUCAAUGACUACUCCUACUUAUUACAUGAACGCUUCGACAGAAACCCAUUUCAAACUUCCUUUUCCAGAUGUUGUUGUUGUUGUUGUUGUUGUGGAUUUUCAACCCAAAAAGUACCCAUAAAUCCUUGUUAUUUAUAUGGGCCUAGGCAGUCCACUCUGCUUCAGUGGUCAGCUUCUAGGAAGUUGAUCUUGGGCGGUGGAGACAGAUGUUAUUAUCAUUGUUCUCCAAUUUCUGGUAUUGAUAGAGAUUUUUAUGACUUCUCUUGGUCUCUCAAGGAGAGGAGUUUUUGUAACACUAGUAGGAGAAGAAGUAAGGGGAGAUGUUGUUGUGUAGUUGAUAAGGGAGAUGGUGGAAUGUAUGAUUCGAGGCGUCUCAAUGACGCCGAGGCGUUGCUCAGCUUGUUGAGUGAGGAGGUGGAUGAGGAUUAUGUUUUCGGGGGUAAGAGGAGGAAUUGGAGUUCGUAUAAGAGAGUUGAGGUGAAGGGGAAAGGGGGUUUUAGUAGUAGUAGUAGAGAGAGGAGUUUAGGUUUGUCUGAUAGGGCACAAGCGAAAAAGAGAGUGAAUAAUGAUGGCAUUUGUAACUGCGGGAAGAAAAAAGUUGAUGGGCUGAGAUCAGAAGAAGGUAAUACGAAACGUGGAUAUGAGUCGAUCAGGAUUGAGUCGAGGGGAGAAGAAUUGAGGAGGAAUAGAGAUAGGGGAGCUAUUUCGAGAGGCGAGAAUCGGAGGUUGAGAAAAGAUAAUUCUAGUUGUUCAUCUUAUUACUCGCUUUCAUCUUCGGGGGAUUUUGAUGACGAGACAGAAGUUCAUGAUAAGCAUACGUUAUUAGCGGAGGAAUCUUUAUCUGGGUAUGAGGACUCAGAAUUAAAAGGAGCAGGUAAGUUUGAUGGCCAGACAACAGAGAAAUAUGAGGGGUAUGUAGAUGAUAUACAUGAGCAAGGGGAAGUAUCAGAUCAAAGAAAAAUCACCAUUGUGGAUGAUGUUGAAUGGGAUCAGAGGAAGAAGACGGAGAAGAAGUACAAUGAUAGAUUGGGUCAAGAAAUACAACAUGGUAGGGAAUCCUCACAAAGGCAAUCACAAGUUUCUGGAUUUCGUCGAAGUAGUUAUGAAAAGACCUCCAGUUCCCACAAGCAAUUCAAUGAUGAGGAAGAUACUUCAACUUCAGCUGUAAGUUUGGAUAAGCGUACAAGAAAGCAAUAUGCUCAAAAUGAGAACCGAGUUGUUGAAGCGUCUACAUCUAGAAGAAAAUUGGCAGAGAAAAAAGAAAUUCAAGAAUUCCACAGGGACGACAUCCAAAGAACUUCCCAGUCCCACAUUAGGGUAGGUAGCACUGGAGAAAAAGAUGAACAGCGAAAAGAAGUUAGCUACGUAGCUGAAGAACAGAAUUCAAAAAGAAACAACCAGCAAGUCAGAAGAUUUUCAGAAGCUCAAGAUUUUGACACUCGAAGGACCACUAUUUCGCAGAAUCAGUCCGAAAUAGGAGUUAUAGGCGUGGAGGGAUAUAGAGAAAAUGUUUCAAGUUCACUUCAGGGGAGAGAGCAGUCACAGCACAAAACAAGUCAGGAAGCCGUUCAACAAGCUGACAUGAGAAGAAAAUCUCAACAAGCUACUACAAUAUCAAAAAUCUAUGACACUAAUAUUGAUAGAACUUCAGUCAUGCAGUCUGAAACUAAUAAUUUAAAUCAGGUACAAAACACAAACUUGAUUUCGAUUUCAUAUCCGGGAUCCAUGGAGCCAAAUUCACAAACAGCAGGACAAAGACCUCCUCAGAGAAUUCAAUCUGGAAGAGGAUCUCAUGAUGUAAAUGAUAUGACUGUUGUUCAUUCUAGUGAAAAUGAGAGAGUUACUGAUUCUCGAAGAGAUUACGAAAGGAGAGUUCAUCAGGAAAGUGAAGCAACAUCAGUUGUGAAAUUGGUUGGUGAAACAAGAGAAGAAUUCACUCAGAGGCAAAUUCGAUGCAAAAAGGAGUUGGAAGAGGUGUCUACGUCUCAAGAACCUUUGAUUUUGGAUUCCGAAGCCAGAAUGCUGAAGGAUGAUGCAGAUGAAAGGGUUCAGAGAAGCUCACAAACAAUACUAAUGCCUCCUCCAUCUCAGUUUCUAUCUAAAAGUUCGUUACAUGUGGAGUUGGCAAGUGGAGUUGAAAACCAAAAGGUUUCCAGCUCAACUUUCGAGAGUGGCUCUAGUUCCUCAUAUCCGUAUCCAAGAAUACAGCCUCCAGCGUUGCAGCAAGAAUCAUAUGAAAGAAAUGAGAGUGCUGAGGCUUAUAGGGAGCCUUUGUACCUUAUCACCUCCGAAGAUGCUCUGGCUUCUGCUGACCGUUUACAGCAAUCCUCUGCUCAAUUUGUUGGAGAGUUUGUAGAGAAGGUGAGGCAUGAAGUGUCAACUUCUGAAAUCCAGAAAGUGGCCGAGGUUUCUGAAAUAACAUUAGCUUCUGAAGCUGAUAAAGAUGGCCAAAACAAAUUGACUCAAUAUGCUUCUAAAGACUUCCAGCCAAAGGAGCAUGAUAAGGGGCAUUCAUCCGGUGGUUCCGGAACCAAGGGGCCGUCGGAUGAAAUGUGGGAUGUUUCAGACCCGUCUAGUUUUAGAACUCCAAGGGAAGAAAAAACAGAACCCACUACAACAAUGGAGAAUGCUAUUAUAAAAAGAAGUGGCAGGUCCUUGUGGAAUAUCAUUGCAGAUAUAGUUACACUAAGGUGGGGUUCGCGUCCUGAAACCCCUAGUUCUACUGGAAGAUCAGGUAGAAGGGUUUCACAAAACGAAUCUGUCCCUAGUGAAUCGUGGUUUUCUGCCCAUGAAUCUGAGCAGAGCAAAGACAAGCAUGCACAGGACAAAGGCCUUCCACUGGAAACCAUGUCUGAUCAACUGCUAGUAACAACAUUGUCUACCCCAGGUCAAGGAACUGAGUCUGUUGUAUUGGAAUUGACUGAGCAUAGACGAGAUCUUGAGCCAGAACCAUCAUCUUCAACAAGUAUGAUGCAAAGUAGGUCAACAUCGAAAGGAAUUUCAUCGUCCGGUGACGAGAAUCUAGGAUGGAAUGAUGAUGGGAGGAGUUUGGGAGGCUCCCCUUCCGGGAUGGAAAUAGUGGAAUUGUCCUCACAACCAACUGCCAGAAGUGAAAAUUCUACAAUUUUAAGUCAAAUUUCUGAUACCGGGAAUACCAAAAGUGGUUUGUUGGGGCAGAUAGAGCAAUAUAAUCCUGCAAAGUCCACUGAAGUAUUAGGGGCUGCGGGAAAUAGUGGAGAGCUGAAAAGAAGGAAGCUUCAACGGAACAAACAGGUGCCGAAAGAUAGAUUUGAGGUAUGGGAAGAAGCAUAUAAACUUGAAAGUGAGCAAAGGAAAAUCGAUGAGAUGUUUAUGAGAGAGGCACUUUUAGAAGCUAAGAAGGCUGCUGAUACAUGGGAGGUGCCUGUUGGGGCCGUACUGGUGCAGCAUGGCAAGAUUAUUGCUCGCGGUUACAACCUGGUGGAAGAGUUACGGGACUCAACUGCCCAUGCAGAAAUGAUUUGCAUUCGGGAGGCUUCAAACCAACUUCGGACAUGGAGGCUUGCUGACACUACACUAUAUGUAACUCUUGAACCAUGUCCGAUGUGUGCUGGAGCAAUACUUCAAGCAAGAAUUACCACUCUUGUAUGGGGAGCUCCUAAUAAGCUUCUUGGUGCUGAUGGCAGCUGGAUAAGGCUUUUCCCUGAUGGCGAGGGAGGAAACAACUCCGAAGUAUCGGAAAAACCAGCUGCUCCUGUCCACCCGUUCCACCCGAAGAUGAAUAUCCGACGCGGCAUAUUGGCAUCGGAUUGUGCUGAAGUAAUGCAGCAAUUCUUCCAGUUGAGGAGAAAGAAGAAGGAAAAGCACACAGAAGAAGCCCCAUCUUCUCCGCUUUCGUCUUCACAUCCAUCAAAGUUGCUUAAGAAGAUGCAUGAUGUCUUCCACUUGAUGUUCUGUUUGUGAGAUCGAGGAAUGAGAGCCCCCAAUUUCUUCAAAAUCCUCGUGUAAACUUGUGAAUGCCCGCCCCCUUAUUGGAAUCGAGUUAAUUUCCUCAUGGGUUCAGUUUUUGUUUUUGUUUUUUUAAUUUCCGUUUGAUAAUAAAAUGUUCUUUAAUGCCUCAUGGUAAAUAAUAUGUUUGUGAGUUCGUGAGGUCCAUGAUCUGCAGACCGAGCAUUUUGAACUUGAAAGGUGGCUAUUUGGCAUCUCUCUCUCUCUCGUUCACUCUUCGUUAGUUUACAAGGACGGAGGGACUACGGGACCAGUGGUGGAAGGCCCACACUGAGAAGCCAAUGUUUUUUUUUACUCUCUGUAACUU